CCCUCGCCAUCACACGCACAACUCCCACGGAACCGCAAAGCUCCAUCGUCCAUCAAUCCAUGGAUCACGGCACGGACGGGGCGGCGGCGCCGGCAGUGUGGCGCGGCUCGGUGCGCGCCGUGGCGUCGGGGCCUUCGCCCGACGCGGCGUGGGCGCUGCUCCGCGACUUCUUCUCGCUGGACCGGUGGGUGUCCACCGUGCGGACGUGCCGGCGCGUGGAGGGGCUGCCCGGGUGCGUGCGCUACUGCGAGGGCCCCGUGAACAUGGCCGCGGCCGCGGCGGCGCCGGCGGGGGAGGGGGAGGCCGCCGCCGUGGGGUGGUCCAAGGAGCGGCUGCUGGAGGCGGACAACGCCGGGCGGUGGUACAGCUACGAGGUGGUGGAGAGCAACAAGGGGAUCGGUAGGUACCGCGCCACCCUGCGGGUGGAGCACGACCCGGCCGGGUGCGCCGUCGCGUGGUCGUUCGAGGCCGACCCAGUAGAAGGGUGGACGCAGGAGGGGUUCUUGGGGUUCCUGGACAAGCUCGCGCGUGGCGUCGCCCGGCGGCUCGAGGAGGAGAUCAAUGUAAUCGAGGGCGAUGGCGUGUAGUUCAGAUUAAUUGGUUUUUGUGGCCGUGUGCGUUCUAAUGUUUUCAGAGAAUCAGAGAGUUUUGUGAUGGGAUUGCCAUUCUCUGUAGGUUUGGCAUGGUGACCUCUGAAUCAGCAUGGUACCAGAUUGUCUCACGGCUUCUUUUACCAUGCUAGGACAGCAGACAGCACUGUACGUUUUACCUCAGUUUACAGCAUGGCAAAAAAAAAAUUCUGAA